CGCCGCGCCAUGGAUUCGACGGCGAGUUUGGUACCGCUGGCCGACGUGUCGCAGGAUCUGCUGCGCUUCUUCAAGGAGCGCCUCCCGCAGCUCACUGAGCACUUUGAACUCGAUGAGAAGGCCAAGAGGAGGGAGAUCAUUGUUGAUGCGAUGGACCUCUUCGACGAGGUGCCCUCGGCCUACCUCUUGCUGUUGCAGGGCUGGCCGACCAUCAGCGGAGCCCUGCGUGAAACUGCGCAGCAAGAGGCGGCCGCGCUCAUGGGGGAAGCUGCAGCCCAUCUGCGGGUGCGCCUGAUCCAUGUGCCCGGCCGUGAGUUCGCACGUCAGUCGGUGUCGCAGCUGCGAGUGGCGGAUGCUGGGCGCCUGGUUCGGGUCAUGGGCACCGUGACGAGGGCAGGGCCAGUGAAGGUAGUCCAGGAGUGGCGCAACUUCAAAUGCGAGCAGUGCGGCCACACGUUCGGCUGCCGCGCGUCGGCGGUGUGUAACUACGAGUUCGAGGUGCCAAAGGAGUGCCCUGGGGGCCAGAAGCAGAAGAAAUGGGACCCCAAGGCGAAGCGCGCAAAGACCUCGCGGUGCCACUCCAAGCUAUUCGCUGCUCAGCCGGCCGAUGAGGCCUGUAUGGCUGACUUCCAGGAAAUUCGUGUGCAAGAUGACAUGCAGGCCAUGGAGGUGGGUGUUGUGCCUCAGAGUUGUGCGGUGGCGGUCUUCGGGGACCUGGUGGGCUCCUGUCAACCGGGGGACUCCGUGGUGGUGGAGGGCCUUGCCUUUCAGCGCUGGCGCCCGACCUUCCCGGGGAAGCGGGUGGAGGUGGAGCUCUUCCUGGAGGCCACCCACGUGGAGCGCCUCUCGAGGGAUCCGGCGGCGGCUUCGGGGCCGGCGGGGCGGGAGGUGGCGGAGGCGCAGGACGGGUUCCGGCGCUUCUGGAGCGACCAGGUGGACGAGUGGCGGGGCCGGGAGAUCUUGGUGGCCGCCACGGCGCCCUGGCUGGCCGGCCUGCCGGUGCCCAAGCUGGCGCUUCUCCUGACGCUAGUUGGCGGCAGCGUCUCAUUGGCCGCAGAGACUGCCACCUCCAAUGCAGAGAGCGCUUCCCGUUGGGGGAGGUUCUUGGGAGCCGAGAAGUCGGACUCGACGGACAAGGCGAAGCCAGUUGAGCGGACUGGGAGGACCACGCCCCACCUGCUGCUGUUGGGAGAUCCCGGCACGGGCAAGUCUCAGCUACUGCAGGCCGCGCAGGAGCUGCACUGGCGCAGCGUCCGCACCAGCGGCCUGGGAUGCACCAGCGCUGGGUUGACAUGCGCGGCGGUGCGCGACGGCCCGGACUGGGUCCUCGAGGCCGGUGCACUGGUCCUCGCCGACGGCGGUGUGUGCUGCAUCGAUGAGUUUUCAACGAUUCGAAGCCAUGACAAGGCAGCCGUCCACGAGGCCAUGGAGCAGCAGACAGUCUCGGUGGCCAAAGCCGGCCUUGUGUGCCGCUUGCGCUCUCGGUGCAGUGUGGUGGCGGCCCAAAACUGUCGAGGCGCCAGUCGCUCGCGGGGGCAGGGCUCGGCGUAUGACUUGGGCUCCUCGGUGGCGGUGAACUCGGGGCUGCCGCCGCCGCUGCUCAGCCGCUUCGACCUGGUGGUGGUGUUUGCAGAGGGCGGGAAGGGAGCCAGCGAGAGCGAAAAGGCGGACUUCAUCAUCGGCAGCCGCGAGCCUGAGAAGGAGAAGGUCACACAGACACCUGCAUUGCCAGAUGCAGGCGCUGUGCAAUGGGACCACUCCAGGCUGCGGGACUACGUGGCAUGGGCCAAAGAGAGGCGGCUGGAUGAGGACGAUGAGGAAGGAGCUGCCACGCUGCUGCAAACGUACUUCCAGAAGCUUCGGCAAAGCUCCCUGUCAGGCGGCGGAGUCACCGCGCGAACCCUUGAGAGUCUGGUGCGCUUGGCGCAAGCGCAUGCCAAGCUCAUGAACCACAGGGGCGUGCAGAUCGAGGAUGCCGUUGCUGUGGUAGUGUUGCACCGUGCCUCUUUGCAGGACCAUGUCGUGGGAGCGGACUCCUUGCCCAGCGGGGAAGACUUCGCCCCCAACCUGCGCGACCUGCAUGAGGAGAUGGCGGCUUGUGGUGUGCACGUGUCCCUGGAAGGCCAGGAGGCAUUGGCUUCUUGGCGCUUGUCGCAUUGUGUCAGGCUUGGAGCUGAACCACGGCUCAGACAUCUCCAGCAAAGCGAUCUAUGCGCUCAUGGAGCAGGCAAUUCUUCGAUCCCUUCGGCUGUGCCGUGCAAGCAACGACCGCCGCCGUUUGGUGCGCCUGGAGCAUCAGGCGUCUCCAUUGGCCAUUGCCGACGUGGCGUUUUCGACGGCGCAGGCCAAUGUGCAGAGCUACAUCUCGCAAUGCUCGCAGGCCGCGCCCUUGUCGAAGAGGUUCGACGACCCGGCUGGUGUACGGGGCCACACUGGGCAAUUCGACCCAUCGCAGUCCGUUGCACAGGUGGCGACUCCCAGCCGCGUGUGCGAGGCAAAGACUCGGGGGAGGCAACUUGGGUGCCGUUUGCGAUGACGCCAUGCACGAGGGGAAUGUGCUGCUGAGACGGGGCUCGCAGC